UUUGAUUUACAGCUGGGCGCCAGCUGAUAGGAAUUGACUAAACGAAAGUCAAUAAUAUUAGCAUCGCGUUCUAAAAGUUACUUAGAUUAAGAAGAAUAAUAUAGUAAAGAUUUUUAGUUAUUGCUGUUAUUAUGUGAAAAAUAAGGCAAAAGUGCUCCGAUAUUCCCGAAAAUGGCAGUUCACAAUAUUGCGGUGAAACUUUGUGGUGUUCUACAAUCAAAGGACGAAGAAGAAGUAACUGCACGAGAAUGGCGUCUAGUUGGUCAGGAGCAGGACGGAUCUCAGCUGUUAACCUGGAUAUCGACAAAUGGCAACAAAGAUGUCAUGAAUAUUGGUGUUUAUAAGAACAAAACAAAAACAUUAGACAUUUUACAUGUUUUUGAUGAAAAACUGAAUAUCAUCCAAGCAUCUGUUAACUCGAGUCACAGUUUGUUAGUAUAUGUGGUAAAAGUUGUGCCAACUGAAGGAGAUGAGGGUAAAGAGGCUACUUACUGUCCGUUCCUGAUAUCCUUGCUACCAGAUAAAGUGAACACGCCUGAAGUUGUUGAGGAAGCUUCUACUAAACAAAUCAUGCUGCAGUUUGUCUAUGGCAAGAGUAACAAGUACAGUCCAGGAAUAAGAAAUGACCGGUUUCUGCUUUUUAAGCAUUUGGAAUGUAUUAAAAUAUAUCGCUCACCAUUGUUCCUCAAUGAAUGUGAGGAUGGCACUGAGAAGUGGGGCUUUGAUGGCAUUUACCCACAGCCCGAGACCAUUGUGAACAUCUUCUCUUGGGCACAGUGGGACUGUGUUAAUCAGGUGCUGUUCUACAUCCACUACCGCGCGCCGUCGCAGAGCUUCGCGGAGGGCGAGGAGGUGAAGUCGCCGUCGGAGCUGACGCCCACGCUGUCGGCGCUGCAGUUCCACGCCGACCUGCCGCACGAGACGGUGUUAAACAUCCCCCUGAGCCUGCCGCACGUGCCGGGUGCGCACGGUGCGGCGGCGGCGUGCGGCUCGUACGAGGACGACCCGGUGCCGCUGCGCGUGCACGACUGCAGCCUCGACCUGUACAUAGUGUGCGACCAGCGCGGCGUGCUGUGCGUCUGCCACCACUACUUGUACAAGCCCCUGGACGACUCCACCAGCUCCUUGGUGCUAGAUGACGUGGACCUGAAGGACUCUGGCGUCAACUUCGCCUACUCUGUGACCUUGCUGCACCACGGCUGUGUGGUGCACAGCGUCGUGCCCGACCUGCCGUGGUCGCUCGCCAAGUCUCUGCGUCCUUCUUACACACUGUACAAUGAAAACCAUCUCCUCGUCAACAUACCGAUGCUGUUCACCCAUAUGUUAGACAUCAGUCCCCAUCACGAGCCGUGCUGCCACAUCGUCGUCCCCAGGGACCCCAGCGAGAGUGGCCCCAGCCUGGCCCCGCUGCACGGCUGGGGCCCCCACGUCAUGGUGGACCUCAACACUCUGGACGUGGUCACCAUGGGAGUCUCAGAGAAGGACCUCACUUCGACGUUUAAGAGCGAUACCGUGAUAGAAAACAAGUUGGCCAUCAUGCACUAUGUGAUACAGCACGAGGGGAAUAUGGAUUUGGCUGAGGAGCUGAUAUCGUGGCUGUGCCUAAACCAGCACGACGGGCUGGGCGGGCUGCAGCGCGUGAUGCAGGAGUACCUGAUCAGCAGCACGUUCGCAGUGACGCGCCGCUCGCUGCCCGCCUCCGCCGGCGCGCUCAUGAACUGCUUGCCCUUCACCUUGCACUUGAAGUUUGCUGAUGUCAAGGCGGGCAGCGCGAGCGUGUGCGUGUCGGUGUGCGCGCUGUGGCGCGGCGCGGCGGCGGCCGUGGUGCUGGCGCCGCGGCAGCGCGUGGCGCAGUUCGCGGAGGACGCGUGGACGCGCCUGUGGCUGGCGCUGUGCGCGCUGGCGGCGCCGCGCAACCGGCUGCGGCCCGACCACGUGCGCGAGCGGCUCGCCGUCACGCUGCACUGCUACCAGCCAGAGGCGCUGUCCCGCUGCAGCACGCCGCUGUCGCCGACGGGCCCGCCGCUGCCGGCGCGCCGCCCGUCGCUGGCGGCGCAGGACUCGCUGCCCUUCCUCGAGCUGGACGUGUGCACCACCAGCAAGCAGGAGCACGUCAUUGCUGCGAACCUGCGCGCGGUGAGCGUCCACCUCAUGACAGAGAGCAGCAACAACAACUCGGGCGCGCUGGAGAGCGGCGUGCACGCGCUGGCGACGCGCUGGGCGGCGGCGCAGCUGGACGCGGCGCGCGCGCUGUGCCGCGCCGUCGUGCGCGCCGUGGGCGCCGUGCCGCAGCCGCACCAGACCAAGGGCUUCCCUUUCAUAGAUGAGAUGGACAGCACGCACGCGCUGAUCCUGUUCAAGACGCUGGAGCAGUACUACGUGGCGACGGAUUCCAUCGCGUUCCCUCUGCCGCAGGGCUUCAGCUCGUUCUUCACGUACCUCGGCUACCGCACGCUGCCCUUCCACGCGUUCGUGCAGUACGUGCACCGGAACGUGUUCGAGCUGCAGAUCGACGUGCUCAAGGCGAUCAUAGCGAGUAAGGACGACGACAAGAAGCGCUCCGUGAACAACAAGCUGCGGCUGAUACAGAUCGUGGGCGAGGGCCGUGGGCGGCGCGCACUAGCCUCGUGGCCGAGCCGCGCGGCACUGCUCCUGCGCGCGCGUGACCACGCCGCCGCGCUGCUCAGCGGCGUCAGUGCGCCCACGCGCGACCACGCGCCUCACCGCCCCGUCAAGGACACUGGUAUCGCGGCGCUGCCGGCCGGCGAGCGCCUGUCGCCGCUCGACACGUUCCUGGACCUACUGACGGCGAAGGCCAGCCUCAACGAGCUGGACUUCAACCUCAUCAUAGAGGCCACGCUGGCCUCCGUGCAGCAGGACACCGCCGCCUAAGAUACGACCUACCGUAGCCGACUUGUUACUAUCGAGUUUUAGACUAUCUCUUAGACGUAGAGACUAUCUCUUUGAUUUAAUAAUGUGAUAAUUAAAACUCUGUUUUAUGGGAGGCUAUAUUUUACUUCAAGAACAAUUUUAGUGUCAAAACUAACGUUUAUCAACAAUUAAUAUGGUAAUUUUACAUGAAAACUUUACCUACUUUUAACACAAAAAAUAUUUAGAAAGUUAAAAAAAUGUUUUUUUUUUUGAGAUAUCAUGUUAUAGGUACGGCUUGACCGAUUUUGAUGAAGUUUUAUAUUUGUAUAUUCGGCAGGUAUGAUAUUUUUUAUCUCUUCAUAUAUGUUAGUCAUAAGGCAAGCUUCCCUUGGAAUUAUCUUAUUGGCUAGCAACCAAUGAGUAAUAACAAGAAGCUAUCGGUAACAAACAUAUUUAUUUAUUAAAUAUUCUACAAAAUACAUAUUGAAAUCAAGCCUAACCAUAAUGCAAAACAAUGCACAGAUGGUUUCACUGUGUUUACUAUAAUAUUUAGUUUGUUAGUUAAAGCCUAAUAUUCAGAAUUGAAAUAAUCAAUGCGCCAUGCUAAGGUCACUUCAACUGUACUUUAAGGUUUAGGAUAUAGAAAAUACUGGUCUCGUAAUAUUUAGUGUUGAUAUUUUACAUAACUAUCAUGCAUUAUUUACUUGUACUUAGUAGUUUAACAUUAUAUUUAAUUUUAUUUCCCCUUAAUUUAUUUGCAUUAUUUCAUACAUACUCAAUUAAAGACGCCGGCAAGUAAGUUGAACCAGUUGACAGUUGUUUGCGCAGGUACAAUUAUUAUGCCUGGUACAUUAAAGAUUUAAUAAUUAAAAUAAUAGUUUAGAAUUAAAAAAAAAAUCGUACACAAUUUUAAUGGCGUCAACGUGUUGCUAUGGUUACCUGGCACCUCUUACCUUACGUCGCUAGCACCCAAAAAUGUUAUGCUAGCCACAAACGGUCAAUUAUUCUCGCAUUUCUGUAGCACCCACGACUAUAAUUGAUCGUGUGUUGGUCACUGCGUACAUGACUUGUAUGUUAUGCCGCGUGGGUACUGCCGUUUGCUUUUCAGAAACGUGAGAAUAAUUGACCGUCAAUGGCGACCUUUACAGCGCAUAGUUCAACUUACAGGCUGCUUAGUGCUUACUGUACUAUACCUACUAACGUUGUUAGGCAUAUGUAGGUACUUUUCUGCAAUUUGUUUGGUUACUCAUAAAUAUCGUUAAAUUAGCACAAAAUUUACGUCUUAUUGCUUACUUUGGUACAAUAUUAUAUUAUUGUAUAGUGACUUGAACACUAUUUAAAUUUUAUAUUAAGUCCAUAUGUGGGCGAACGAACUCUUUCGUUCGCCCAAUUUAGGUUAGGCCAUCUACAUCUUCAUCUACAUUCACAUUCCAGAUUCAUUUCAUAUUUAGAAUUCCCUUGACCGCGCAUGCGUGGAUAUAUUCUUUCGCCCAUCCAUUACAUUUUUACCAGUCCUCCAUUCCACACCGCAUCAUCACUUUAAUAGUCCUUUUAUUUUAUAUCCUUUUACAAUUGUCAUAAUCAGUAAAGUGAAUAAAUAUACCAAUCAACAACAUCGCCUUAUAUCAAUAUACAAAUAUAUAAAACCUCAAUAGCGAUACAUAAUAUUCCAUUAAAUCCUUCUAUGUGGGUGGGCUAUAGACGAAAAUUUAAUAUAAUUUGUAAAAUUUUGAUGAAUACGUAAUUUUAUACUUACGGACAGCUAAUUUAAAAAAUCAAGACAUUUUGUAAGUACAGUAGAAGUAGUUAUUUAUGUAAGUACAGUUCGUUUCAUGUAGUAUGGUGCGGGUGACAGUUUGUUUCACUCUUGAAAGUUUCACGAUAAUAGUACAUAUUAUAAACGUCAUACAGGUGAUUGUCACCUUACCCAUGCUAUCUGAAAAAAGCUUUAGUAAGUUAAAAUGACAUUCCAUAUUUUAAUGUGCAAUCUCGAGUGCAAUAAACUUAUAGUAGGUAAGGAUAAAAUUAAAACAUUCCCAAAAUAAA